CUCCAGAUCGUCAAAACGAGUGAUUAAAUUUCAUCAAAAUAGAAUACGACGUGAUAUCUGCAACAGAGAAUAUUUUUGGGGGUUUUAUCAAACAUUCAUCACAAUUGAAAGAAACUGUGUCAUUAGAAGAAAAACAACUAUGACCCUUUUUUUAAAAAAAAUAUAAAUCUUUGAUAGAAUUCCUGUGAAAUAUUUUAUCCGGCUGAAACCGGUCCGUAAAACUUCUCCAUUUCACCAUCUGGAAUAUGUUCAAGGUGAUACAGUAUUCGAAUUAAACCCGAAUUGCGAAAGGAUUUGUUGAAUCGUCAAAGAUUUUUCAAGGUUCAUUGAAAUAGAAUAAGUAUUUGUUAGGGGCUAAAAUUUAAAACCGAAAGAAAGAAAAGCGUCUGUAUAUCGUAGAGAGAGAGAAGAAAAAUGCUGGAGACUGAAUCGUGCGAAGACAAUGGUAAAUGUGAAUCGGAACCUAAGAGAACUGGGGUUACUGAUGAGGCCCCAAUUGUUAUUGGAAAAGCCCCUCACCAAUGUGAUAUCUGUAAAAAGGUCCUGUCUUGUAAAAGUAAACUUAAUGCUCACAAAUGGAUUCAUACAGCUGAAAAACCGCAUAGAUGUAAUAUCUGUGGUAAGUCUUUUUCUCAGAGAGAUCUUUUAACUACGCACAUUUACAGCCAUACAGGAGAGAAGCCUUUUCAUUGUGAUAUCUGCGGUAAAUCAUUCACCAGGGCAAGUAGUGUAGCUAUACACAAAUUUACUCACACAGGACAGAAACCAUAUCAAUGUGAUAUUUGUAACAAAGCAUUCAGAACGAAAAGUAAUCUAGUUGCACACAAAUUUAUUCACACAGGAGUGAAACCUCAUCAGUGUAGUAUCUGUGAUAAAUCAUUCUCUCAGAAAACUGGCUUAAUUUCACACACGUACACUCACGUGAAUCAGAAAGGAUGUGUUUCUGGUAGAUCAGAGACAGACAGGUUUCUUCUUCUCACUAAAAUGUUGCGAUAUCGUUGCGAUAUCUGUGGCAGAUCGUUUAUAGAACUCAACCAUUUGAAGAAUCACAGACGCACUCAUACUGGAGAGAAACCUUUUCCGUGUAACAUCUGUGGCAAAUUUUUCUCUUGGAAAAAAAGCUUGGCUAUACACAGACGCAUUCAUUCAGGAGAGAAACCAUUUCGCUGUGAUAUCUGCGGGAAGCCGUUCUUUUGGAAAUAUUGCUUAAUUAGACACAAACGCAUUCAUGGAAAAGAGGAACUGAUUAACGGUGAUCAAUCGUUAUCUGUAAGUACUGACUCGAUCCAAGAGAAACGCAUUUGUACAGGUAAACUGCCGCAUACCUGCGAUACCUGUGGUAAAUCAUUUAAGAUAAGAAGUCGUUUGAAGGUGCAUCAACGUAGCCAUACAGGAGAGAAGCCGUAUCGUUGUGAAAUCUGUGGCAGAGCGUUCUCUCAAAGGUAUUCCCUGACUUAUCACAAGCGCACGCAUACAGGUGAGAAACCAUUCCAGUGCGACGUCUGCAGUAAAUGGUUCUCUAACAACGCUCACUUGUCUCAUCACAGAUGCACUCAUUCGGGAGAGAAGUCGAUUCUCUGUGAAAUCUGCGGCAAAUUGUUCGCUUGGAAGAAAAGCUUGGCCAUCCAUAUGCGCCUUCAUACAGGAGAGAAACCAUUUCGCUGUGAUGUCUGCGACAUGUUGUUCUCUUCGAGCGGUUACUUGGUUACGCAUAAACGACGCAAUCACCGAAAAGAGGAAGCGCACACUGCUAGUAACGACUCGACACAGGAGAGACCCGUUUGUACAAGAGAGAAGCCGUGUUGCUGUGAUAUCUGCAAGAAAUCGCUCUCUUCGACAAGUAACUUAACCGCACGCGUGAACACUAAUGCAAAACAGAAAAAACGUAUGUUUGGUAGACUUAAUCGUAGUCAGACGAUGCGAUAUCGUUGUGAUAUCUGUGAUAAAUCAGUUAAAGGCAGCAAAUAUUUAAGAUUACAUAAACGUAUUCAUACAGGUGAGAAGCCAUACAAGUGUGAUGUCUGUAGUAGAUCAUUCGCUUGGAGAAACUGUUUAGUUAUACAUGAACGCACUCACAGAAAAAAGGAACCCCUUAAAGGUGCUAAAUCAUCAUCUGUAAGCGCAGUCGCCACAAAACAGAAACGGGUUCGUCCAAAAAAGAAGCUAUAUUCCUGUGAUAUCUGUGGUAAAGUGUGCCAUUCGAAGGGAAGCUUAGCUAUACACAACCGCAUUCAUACGGGAGAGAAACCAUUUCAUUGUGAUAUCUGUGAGAAAGCAUUUGCUCAGAUGAGUAACUUAACUAGACACAAACGCACUCAUGUCGAAGAGGAACCGAACAUCAGUGGUCAAUCAUCGUCCGUAGGUAACGAGUUAACCGAACUGAAACCACAUGAUUGUGAUGUCUGCGGUAAGUUCUUUUCUCAAAGGAUUUUCUUACAUAGACACAAGCGCACCCAUAAAGGGUCGACCUACCGCUGUGAGAUCUGCGGUAGAAUGUGCCGGUCGAAAAGUAAAUUGACUCAACACAAAAGCAUCCAUACAGGUGAGAAGCCAUAUCGUUGUGAAUUCUGUAACAAAGCGUUUACUCAGAAAACCAGCCUAAUUAACCACAGGCGCAUUCAUACAGGUGAGAGACCCUACAGUUGCGAUAUCUGUGGUGACCGUUUCUCUGAAUGUAGUUCGUUAAUUAGGCACAAACAAAUGCAUACAAGAGACGAGCAACAUCAAGGUGAUGUCUCAGGUGAAUCUUUCUCUACGAGCGAACGUCUUCAAACAGAGAAACCAUAUCGUUGUGACAUUUGCGGCAAGUCUUUCGCUUACAACAGUUGUUUAACGACGCACAGGUAUACUCACACAGGUGAGAAACCGUACAGGUGUGAUGUUUGCGGGAAAUCCUUCUCCGACGGGAGCAACUUGACUAAGCACAAACGUGUUCACACGAAAGUGAAACCGUAUCGAUGUAUUAUCUGUGGUAAAUCCUUCUCUUUCCGUAGCGGAUUAACUACCCAUAUAUUCCUUCAUACCGGGGAGAAGCCACACCACUGUGACCUCUGUGGUAAGUCGUUCAACAAGAAAACCAGCUUGACGAAACACAAGCAAGUUCAUACAAAGGUAAAACAUAGAAAUAAAACGAUAAAACGAAAAUAUAAGGCAAUAAAACAAACAUAAAACAAAAAUAUAAAACAUAAAUGGCGGUGCCCCAGCAUGGCCACAGCUCAU